UCUCAUAAUACCAAUUCUAAGCGAUAAGAUUCAGCUGACGUAACACAGUUUUUGGUUUUGAUUGGUUGAGCCUUGGAAGGGUUGGUUUAUCUCCAACUUUAGCUGCAUUUUAUGUACGGUUUCUAUACUUUGCUCACUUGAUCAUAUCCACUGACAAAAUUUUAGAUAGGGGCCGCAGAGGUAACGUUAGUGCGUGGCAUAGAGGAACUUUUUCCGUUUGUUGGGGACUCGAUUCUGUGUGACAGGCGAAUGUAACUGUUCAUGCAAAGCUGAGUACCCACCAUCUGUUUGUGGAAUUGCCUCAGAGAAACAUGGAGUUGAAAAACCAAGGGAGAAAGGACACACUUUAACUUGUCAUUCGUAGUUAUAAACUUAUAUGGCCAACACAACCAAUAGCAUUGUGCUUUAUCAUGGAUCAAUGUUGGCCCAUGCACAUAUACAUUGUCUUCUGAGACCUGCAGGAUUAGUCCCGCGAUUUCAUUCCUCAUCUGCAGCUUUGGCUGUUACGAAUAGGGCAUCGCACGUCUGCUUAGGUAAGGGGGGCCGCAGGUGGAAAAGGCAGUUUGUUAGGACCUGCUCGAUCAGCGAGUUUGUUAUUGCUAAUGACGAAAAAUAUGGCAAUAAGCAGGUCGUCAGUCUCAGUCCCCGCCUUUAUGACUAUAUCUUGAAGAACGUUCGAGAACCAGAGAUUUUGAGACAACUGCGUGAGGAGACGGCCUCUAUGCGUGGAAGCCAGAUGCAGGUGUCUCCAGAUCAGGCACAACUGCUUGCAAUGCUUGUGCAAAUUCUUGGAGCAGAACGUUGUGUUGAAGUUGGUGUUUAUACUGGAUACUCAUCUUUGGCAAUAGCCUUAGUCCUGCCAGAAUCUGGUCGUUUAGUUGCCUGUGAAAGAGAUGCCAAAUCUCUUGAGGUUGCCGAGAAAUAUUACCAGCUAGCUGGUGUUUCGCAUAAGGUGGAUGUAAAAUUUGGACUCGCCGCAGAUGCCCUGCAAUCUCUAAUUUUAGAUGGCGAAGCUGGCAGCUAUGAUUUUGCUUUUAUUGAUGCUGAUAAAAGGAUGACUCAGAAAUAUUUUGAACUGCUGCUGCAGCUGGUAAGAGUUGGAGGUCUCAUAGUAAUUGACAAUGUUCUGUGGCAUGGAAAAGUUGCCGACCCACUGGUAAAUGACCCUAAAACUGUAAGCAUUAGAAACUUUAAUCAACAAUUGGUCGAGGACAAGCGUGUAAGCAUCAGUAUGGUGCCAAUCGGAGAUGGAAUAACAAUCUGCCGGAAAAGAUGACCUAAAACCAUGCAUGAGAUGAUUUGGCAUGCCUUGUUCAUCCAGCUUUAUAGUCUCUUAAUGAUGGGUUGGAUAUAUGUUAGACGUAAAAAUCAAGAGCGGGUGUUUUGAAUAGCUUGUAUUUAUGACUCUUGAGCUUGAGAAGAUAUCAGAUAAGCAAUUAAAUAUUUUCCAAACGCUUUUUUUUUUUGUGUGUGUGUCAAUAUUGGAGGAGUUAUUAAACUGAAA